CAGCAGCAGCAACACAGAGCUAGCAGUUGAGCGAACAGUCGGCCCGUGACCAGAAGUACGAUUUUCAAAGACCGUCAAGCGCGUAAAAAUCAACUGUGUCUGUCGCGUAGUACGCGUCCAAGGUAUCGAUGGAAAUAUCUCAACAAACUUCGCCACAAACAGGAACGAGCGACAACCUGAAGGAGAAUACGGCUUCGAUCGCCCAGGAAGAGAAUGGAAACGUCGCGACCAACAUUGACGAGAACAUUUUGGCCGCGACGGACAAGAAAGGAUCUCGACAAGUGGACGACUUUUUCAGUCAGCAGGCUCGUGGUGAUAUCCCAUCUCCGAUCAAGCCGGAAACCGCUAAAGCCGACGCUACUAUGGAAUCUCUAGACCUGAAACUCGACGACACUUCUCCUCGCAAGCCUCAAUCAGCGUGCAUCCAGCCACAAGAUGUUUCGACAGAUCUCACCGAUAUGUUCGAAGUGAACAUUCUUGAAACGAGCGCUGAAACCGCUUCGAGCAAAGUAGACGCUGACCAGACGCAGACGGAGCUUAUGAACGAGAGCGCAUCAUCUAGGAAAAGACCUCAAACCGAAAUGGAACCAGCGGUUUUCGAAGUGCCUAGGAUGUCGAAGCAUCCACAUACAGAUUCGCCACCGUUGCCUGAGUUCCACGAAGACUCCGAGCCUCUGAUUAAAUUCAGCUCGGAUUCCGAGAGCGUGUUCCGGGUCGCUCUAUCGGGAGGGAACGCUGACGAUUCCGUAGAGCCCAUGAGUUUCCAGGAGAAUUCUUGUAUCCAGAGGUCCGGAGAUAAGCUGGAAGAUUCGGACGCGGGGAGCGCAACGUACAUCAUAAACUCUGAUUCGGUCUCCGGGGAAAUCGAGACCGGAAACGAUGUUCUGCAGGGUGGAGCUAUGUCUUCAUCUGAUGCGGGAGCUACUGAUGACACGGCCGCCGCCAGCUCAAAGAAGACAGAAAACGGUAGCGGGGCUUCGGUCGGCUUGUCGCUCCUAAAAUCUAUCGACGAAGCUCUGGACCCACUCGUACGGGUAUUCCUGCCAGUCAUUCGGCGUAAGCCAGGUUUGAACACCGCUGUCGUGUGCAUUCCGCUGGUUGUGGCUUCGAUUGUAUACUUCUACCUGAGACACUGAAGAUAACUGGUCGAAAAGAAUCGUUGAAACUUUCAAUCUACAUGUCGCAUUGCUGGACCCUGUUAUUCACUGAGCUUAAUCCCAGUUCUUAUCUCAUCCAAUCCAAUUAUUAAUAAAAAUGAGCGACACCAUUGGA